AAAAAGCCCGUGCGUCAGUAACGGUUGUUAGCUCGAGCACAGCAGCGCGAGCGCUCCGGAGCUGCGUUUGUGAGUCGGAAAGCUCGCGGUACCGCGGAGGAUCAUGGCGGAGGGCGAUAAUAAAAGCGCUAGUUUACUGGCUCAGGAGACAUCUCAGCUGGAGGAACAGCUGCAGGGAUGGGGCGAGGUCAUCUUAGCUGGGGAUAAGUUCCUGCGCUGGGAGAAGCCCUGGUUCCCUGCUGUGUUGGUAGGCAGCACCACCGUGCUCUUCCUACUCGUCUACUACCUGGACCCGUCAGUGCUGACUGGACUGUCCUGCACCGUCAUGAUUCUGUGUCUGGCUGAUUACCUGGUGCCCACCCUCGCCCCACGUAUCUUUGGCUCCAACAAAUGGACCACAGAGCAGCAGCAGCGCUUCCAUCAGAUCUGUGGGAACCUGGUGAAGACGCAGCGGCGUGUGCUGGGCUGGUGGAAACGCCUGUUUGCCCUCAAGGAGGAGAAACCCAAGAUGUAUUUCCUGACGGUGAUCAGCACUCUGGUGGCCGUGGCCUGGAUUGGACAGCAGGUCCAUAACCUCUUCCUGACUUAUCUGAUCGUGAACUUCCUCCUGCUGCUCCCAGGCCUGAACCAGCACGGCAUCGUCACCAAGUACGCCGGCAUGGUCAAGAGGGAGAUCAACAAACUGCUCAAGCAGAAGGAGAAGAAGAAUGAGUGAAAAGAACAGGAUGAUAAUUGAGUUGGAGUAAUGAGAGUUAAAUGUGUCCCCGAAUAACAAGUUGGAGUACUAAAGUACUUCAGGCAAAGCAAAAAGCUAGAUUUAGACUUGAGCACACUGAUUUCUCACGUUUCACCCGGAGUAUAUUGAUCACAUCCAUGUGUUAAUGGUAGAAGUGCGUUAAACCCUACGCUGCUUUAAAGCUGGUCCCUUUUUAUAAAAUGUUAAGGCUAAGCAUCCAACUGAGAAACAUACAUGUUGUGUGUGUGGGGGGGUUGUUUGUUUUUUUGUUUCUGAAAACUGCACUGAAGGCACCACAGGAGAAACCGGAGUGUUGUGAAGCUGUGUGUUGGUGCCCAGAGACCUCACGCCUGAGGGCUGCAGAGUCGUACUGCUGUUUUAUUCUCUCUCCUCGCCCGUUCGAGGCUCACCGCUGUAAAUAGACCUGUCCUCUUUCCACCUCCCUGUCUGUGUUUGGUCCGUGUAAGUGUGUCGACUUUCCCUCCACCUCAUCAGGCUGGAAGCCGUGACUCGUCUGUCUGCAUUUCAUCCUCUUUCAGUACAGUAUCUUAAUAAAAUGAUAAAUAAACAACUGCUCUGACACUCCAA